AUGGCUUCAUUUCAACAGUUAAUAGCUUUCCGUAGAGAAGUCCUCAUCACGGAUAAAUAUAGGAUCACUAGAAGGAUUGGAGGUGGUUCUUUUGGUGAUAUUUAUUUGGGCAUAAAUAUCGCUAAUGGCGAGGAGGUAGCAGUAAAAGUAGAAUCUAUUAAAGCGAGACACCCUCAGCUUCUCUAUGAGAGCCGUGUGUAUAAAAUGCUCCAAGGGGGCAUUGGCAUACCGCAUAUAAGAUGGUACGGCUACGAAAAGGACCACAAUAUCCUCGUGAUGGACCUCCUGGGUCCGUCUCUCGAGGAUCUGUUCAACUUUUGCUCCCGGCAGUUCACUAUCAAGACUGUGCUUAUGCUUGCAGACCAAAUGCUCUCCCGCGUGGAGUUCAUCCAUUGCAAGUGCUUCAUACACCGCGACAUCAAACCCGACAACUUCCUUAUGGGCAUCGGCCGCCAUUGCAACAAACUGUACAUGAUCGACUUCGGACUAGCCAAGAAGUUCAGAGACAUGCGCACACGCAUUCAUAUCUCAUAUCGCGAGGACAAGAAUCUUACUGGCACGGCUCGCUACGCGUCCAUCAACGCGCACCUCGGCAUCGAACAGUCCCGCCGGGACGACUUGGAGUCUCUCGGCUACGUACUUAUGUAUUUCAAUAGAGGUUCUUUGCCAUGGCAAGGAUUGAAAGCAAUAACCAAGAAGCAAAAGUAUGAGCGUAUUAGUGAAAAGAAAAUGUCGACACCUGUCGAAGUUUUAUGCAAGGGAUUCCCUGCUGAAUUUUCGAUGUAUUUAAAUUACUGCCGUGGUCUUAAUUUCGACGAAGCGCCAGAUUAUAUGUAUCUUAGACAGCUAUUCCGCAUACUGUUCCGCACAAUGAACUACCAGUACGACUACACGUUCGACUGGACGAUCCUGCGGCAGCGCAAGCAGCAGACCAUGGAGGCGGGCGCCGCGCCCGCCGAGCGCCGCUCGCCCGCCGCGCAGCGCCGCGCGCAGCCGCCCGCCACGCCGCAGCCCAAUAAGGAGCAGGCGCCGCAGUCGUCGCUCAACAAAGAG